AUGUGUUCUUCAUUGCUGGGAAAUUUAAACAACAUGUGGUCACUGAUGCAAGUAACAAAAGAUAGUCCGAAUGAGGUAACCAAGGUUAUUAGAACUGAAACGGUGUUCAAACCGGUGAGGACACUAGUUCAUGGAAGUGGCUACUUAGAUGUGUGGGACAAAGGUGAUCGAUGGAUUCGCAUUUGGAUCAAAGCCGAUGAUCUCAUCAUUUUACCUGCUGGAAUCUAUCAUCGGUUCACUCUUGACACAAGUAACUAUGUGAAGGUGAUGACUAAAGGGAGGUUCAAAAGUGUGAAGCACAGGGUAAUGGCUGACACUACAAAGUCGAGGUUAUCAAUGAUGUACUUUGGAGGAGCAUCGUUGAGUGAAAAGAUAGCACCACUGGAACCACUCAUGUCAAAAGGAGAACAGAGUUUGUACAAAGAGUUCACAUGGAGUGAGUACAAGAAGGUUCAGCAGUACUGCAUAAACUGUGGAGUAUGCAUGGGCAAGUACUUUUGUGCUACAUGCAAAUUCUUUGAUGAUGAUGCAGUGCCGAACUUGGAAAGCGAUUCUUACUUCCAGGAAAGGGCAAUUCUCGCCCCUACACUCGAGAGCGUCGAGCAGGUCAACAACUACGUGCUGUCAAAGCUUCCUGGUGUUGAGAGAGAGUACUUGAGCUACGAUACCCCGUGUAGGUCGGAUGAGGAUUCUGAGGUUCACGCGGAGUGGUUCACCUCUGAGUUUUUAAACGACGUUCAGUGCUCGGGAAUUCCAAAUCACAGACUGAUAUUUAAAGAAGGUGUUCCGAUCAUGCUUCUACGAAACAUAGACCAAGCGGGCGGUCUGUGUAAUGGGACCCGGUUGAGGGUCACUCAUCUUACUCAGUAUAUAAUUGUUGCGACUGUUUUAUCAGGAAUCAGGCUGGGUAAAACCGAGUACAAUCCGAGGAUAACCUUAACGCCUUCUGACUCUGGUCUUCCCUUCAAGUUCUCUCGAAGGCAAUCUCCGGUGACUUUAUGCUUCGCGAUGACUAUAAACAAGAGUCAGGGCCAGUCCCUUUCUCAUGUCGGUUUGUACCUUCCGAGGCCUGUGUUUACUCAUGGACAGCUGUAUCUCGCUCUCUCAAGGGUGAAGUCUAGAAAAGGACUGAAGGUGCUCAUUGUGGAUGAGCAAGGGGUGGUUUCGACCUCCAAGCGCAAUGUUGUCUAUAAAGAAGUUUUUGAGAACGUGUGA